AUGGUUAUCAAUCUCAUGAGAUCUGAUCCAAAGAGCAUGAUACCUUAGAUAAGAUCCAUUAAAUAGCAUAAGUUCUACAAAGGACAACCAAUUCAGCCUUUAGUGGAUUAUCUGAACUCAAUUGAACCAUUACCAUUGGUCACUCUAGAUGAGCAUGCUUGUCAAGCCUGCAGAAAUAAUACUGACAGAAAAAUGAAAACAGAUGAAGACACAGGUAAAGAUCAUUUUGAGAAAGGAGGAAAUUAAGAGGAGUUCCAAGGAAUGAUAGGAAAUGGUAAGGGGAUUGAGACUACUGAGUGCACAUAGAUCGGAUGGAAUGGGUCUGCUCAAGAUCUGAUCUUCUUUUUACUAGUAGAUGGAUUUAAAGAUUAAAAGUCACAUGCAAUUCUUGAUCCUAAACUAAUCAAGGUUGGUAUUUCAUUCAAGGCUCACAAAAAGCUUCAUAAUGUGUUCUAAAUCCUUUACGUAAAGUAGAUAAGCAAUAAUAUGAACUGA